CUGUUUCCAAGUUGUUUACAGAAACGCGGGAUAAAAUUGUAUUCUGAGUUUGUAUACAUAACUAGAUCUGAGAUAAUCAAAAAGAAAACGCGCGAUUUAUGAGUUUAGAAGGAAAAGUACGAAAGAAAUCAAAAUUUUGUGUUAGUUGCUAGAAUAGUAUGCGAAGAUUGAGUAUGAAGAGUAAGCGUAGGAAGUCUGAUAUGACCAGUGGUAGUGACUCCGAGGAAAAUGGCGUCACGCGCAUCAUAGGUGAUAAUAACGACGAAAUGAAGAGAGGAAAAGAGAAUGAGCAUGUGGAAACACCGCGCAGAAGUGCACCAAAAAAGCGCCCGUCUCGUGCUCGCCACAGUUUUAAAGAAACCGAGGAUUCUGCAAAAUCUGAUGUAGAAGACACUCAAGCUUCAGACACAGACGGAGAAGAAAAUAAGAAUGUCGGAAAAGCUGGACCAAGUAAAAGACUUAAAAAGGAUGAUCAGAAGGCUUUAACAAAACAGGACGGAAAUAACGAGAAAGAUUAUGAAGUAGAGAAAAUUGUGGGGCAACGAACUAUUAAAGGAAGACGUCAAUUUUUGGUCAGAUGGAAAGGAUAUGAUGAAACUUCUGAUACAUGGGAACAAGAAAAGGACUUACAUUGUCCACAGUUAAUUGAAGAGUUUUUAGAUGAAGAUACAGAGUCUGAAGAAGACAGUAAAUCUAAGAAAGCUGAAAAUUCCCCAAAACCAGGGAAGAAUAAAAUUACAAAAGUGGAAAGAAAACCUAGAAAAUCGAAAAAUAAUAUGAAAAAGGAAACAGAAAAUGGCAAACAAAUAACAGCAUCAGAUGAAGAAAAAAAUGAUAAAGAAGAUCAAAAAGAAUUUGAAGUAGAAAGGAUUAUAGAAGUACAUUUUAAAAAAAAUAAAACGAGACAAUUUUUAAUUCGUUGGAAAGGAUUUACAGCAGCAGAUGAUUCAUGGGAACCAGAGGAAAACUUAAAUUGUCCUGAACUAAUUGAAAAAUUUAUGCGAAAAGUAGAGAAAGCUAAAACUACCGAGGCACGUGAACUUAGAGCAAAUCGUCCUCACACAAAACGGUACACAUUAGCCACACAUGAGCAGGGAAGAAGAUUGUCUCGACGAAAUAUUGAUAAACAAAGAACCAUGUAUCACGAAUGUGAUGAAUAAGUGAUAAAAAAAACUGCAAGACUACACUACAUAUGUAUACUGCAGGGCUGAAAAGAUUGAGUGCGGGGCAGUACAGGGGUAAGAGGGGCCUUUCGCUCGCUCAACCUUUGAUGCUCACCAUCACGCCAUGGAUUAGUAGAUGAGUGACUUUAUGACUGUGUCCGCUACAUCAAUAAGAUCCCGCAUUCUGUCCGCACGCGAUCUUUCCAGCUCUGCAUAGUAGACAUAUGUGUAUAUAUUUGUGUGUAUAGAUGUAUACACAUAUGUUAAUAUAUAAUUUGUAGUGUUACGAAAAAAUAACACAUCAUUAAAAAUUAAAUCAUAAGUGACUUGCUUUUUAAAUAAACAUGAAGAUAUAAAAGCGAUUAAGAUAUUGCUAUAGUCGGGGCCAAUUCUGUUGACCUGCCACGUAAUUUUCUUCUCCACCAUUUUCCAAUUCCACUGUUACCGUUCGGCAGUUUAACAGUUGCUGAAUAGAAUCUAUCCACUCCACUCUUAAACUACGCUGGCCAUGCUGUGGUACACAUACAUGCACACACGCCCAUACAUAAAAUUACACGAGAAUAUAUAUAGCACAAGGGAGACGAAAGAUGUAGAGUAAAAGAGAUGCGGCACUUGAA